GGCAGACAUGACAUUGAAGAAUUGGGGCAAGGAAAACACACCCCACCUCAUGACUCGCAAGGCUGGGCCACCAGACAGCCGCUGCCUGCAAAAUGCACUCACGCACAAAGGCCGUCCCGCCCCUCGCGCACCACCAUAAAAGCCGGACCAGCGCCUCUCUCCCACACACUCUUCUCUGCACACCUUUUCCUCCACGCUCAACAAGGCACCCUCCACUCCACAACCAUGGCCUGCUACGACCUCUGCAGCCCCUGCGCACCCGCCCCGCUGGCCAACAGCUGCAACGAGCCCUGCGUAAGGAAGUGCCAGGACUCCACCGUCGUCAUCCAGCCUUCCACCGUGCAGGUCACCCUGCCAGGACCCAUCCUCACCUCCUUCCCCCAGAGCACUGUGGUCGGAUCCUCCGCAUCGGCUGCCGUGGGCAGCGAACUCAGCUACCAGGGAGUGCCCGUCGCCAAUGGGGCCUUCGGCUAUGGCUACGGCUACGGCUUGGGAGGCCUGGGCUGCUAUGGUGGCAGAGGUCUGGGCUGGUUCGGUGGCAGGAGAGGCGGCUACACCUGCUAAGGCCUCUUACCAACACCUCUGACACCGACCACCCACACCCUGGGAGCCACACCAUGCCUUGACCAUGCACCUCCUUGAACCUCACACUGGCUCCCUUCCACCUGACGCUUCUGCCUUCUCCAUUUCCGCCCCCAUCUAAUAAAGUUUUCCUGCAUCCCAGCCUGAAAAGCCUCCUCUGCUUUCUUCUCCCAAGGUUCUUCCAAGCCCACCCAGCACAAAGACAGGGCUACUGUGGCCUUUGCACUGGGUGCAAAGAGGUUACAAGCUCCUCCUAGGCUCUACGGCCCCAGACACAACAACAACACAGGGACACUUCCACAACACCACACAAGCCCUUCACUCGCCCAGACACAGCUUGCCCAUGCUAAGGCAACACUCUCCAGACCUCUGAUGACAGCUCCCCACCAAAGCACACACUUGACUCUCUUCCCCAGCAUCACUCUAUGGCCACCACAGCAAACACAUCACAGAAUCACAGAAUGCUUGCGUUGGAAGAGAUCUUUGCACAUCACCCAGUCCAACCCUCCUGCUGAAGCACACUCAUCUCCAGCAGCUUGCACAGCAUGUGUCCAGAUGGCAUGUGAAUGUCUCCAGAGAAGGAGACUCUACUCCCUCCCCACGCAGCCUCUUUUAGUGCACUGACACUCUCACAAGAAAAGCUUUUCGACGUCUUCACGUGGAACUUCCCGAGUUCCAGUUUGUACCCGUUGCCUCUUGUCCUGUCGUUGGGCACCACUGAAAAUGCUCUGGCCCCAUCCUCUUGGCCUCUGCCCUGGGGAUAUUGAGAAGCAUUGAUAUGAGCCCCUCGUCCUUCUCUUCUCCAGCAGAAACACACCCAGGUCUCUCAGCCCCUCCUCAGAAGAGAGAAACUCCAGUCCCCUCAUCUCCUUGGCCUCUGCUGCCGUUUCUCCAGUGCUUCCUUUUCUUUCCAGAGCUGGGCAGCCCAGAACCGGAUACAAGACUCCAGAUGCAGCCUCACCACGGCACAGGAGACGGGGAGGAGAAUCUCCCCUGACUGACCUGCUUGCUACGCUCUUCUUCAUGCACCCCACCAUACUAGUGGUCUUCUUGGACACAAGGGCACGUUGCUCACUCAUUCUUUACUUUCUCAGCCACCAUUCUUUACUUUCAAAGCCACAUCUCUCCACGAUAGAGACGAGGGUGCUGUGUGCAACAGUAGCAAAUGCUUUGCGCAAGGCCAGGUAGAUGAGGUCACUUCAUCUUCCCUUCUCACCAACGCUGUAGUCCCACUGCAGGAAGCCUCGAAACUCAUCAGCAACAAUUUGCCUUUUGCAAAGCCCUCUCGGCUUUCAGCAAUCGCCUCCACAUUUUCCAUCUUCCUUGGCAGAAUUUCCAGGGGAAUCCGCCAGGUGCCAAGACCAUGCCAGGAACACAGGGGACACUGAAACGCUGGUAGUUGACUUGGGUCUCCCUUCUUGGCCUCUUUAAAAUGACAGCUAUCCUCUGCCUCCUUGCUGACGCUUCACUCUGUCCCACUGCUCACAUCACUGGUCACGUAUGCAACGCACGCACUUUUGUCUUCUCUAGGAGCAUGCGGGGGGAGAAACCAUCAAAGGCUUGAUUCAGAACUCAAGGCAAACACCAGCCUUGCUUCUUUCCUUAUCUACAAACCUAGCCACUUUGAUGUAGAAGACACAGACGCUUCGCAAACACAAUGUCCUCUUCCAAAAGACAUGCUCAUGACUAGCCACAACCUCCUUGUCUGUCCUGUGCCUGACAGCGCUGCGUCUGCCUGCGUCACAAUGGAGCCACAAACCAUGCCACACAGGUGCCACACCAUGACCUCACUGACAGUCUCCCAAAUCUGCCAUGCUUUGGUUUCCUCUUCUGCCCACCCCGACAUUCACCACCACCACCAAGACUUGACCUCCAAACCUUUCCCUUAAAAGCUGCCACCGGGGCCAACAAGAGGACGUGACAUG